AUGGGGGAAGAUAAGAAGAAACAGAGGGGAAGAGAUCAGAUCAGAAGAUGGAAGUACCAACUAGGAGAAGUCAUCGAGUUAAGGUACCAGUCAAGUGGACCAAAGACUAUGUGCUGGGAACACGUGGAUGACAGGUGCGGUGGGAGACUCAGCAUUUCUCCUUGGCUUAAGGCUAUCAGUAGGCAACAACCUGCUCGAGUAAGAGAGAGUAGCCACAGUGGCCAUAAGGAGAAAGGAAAUUGCAGACAAAGCAAAGGAACAACUAUGACUGGCAGGGCCAAUGAGAGACAAGCCAAAAUGGCCAAAUGGAGAAAGGAAAUUGCAGACGAAGCAAAGAAGCAGAUAUGGCUAGCAGGGCCAAUGGUAUUUGUGUGUGUGUUUCAGCACAGCUUACAAAUGAUAUCUCUCAUGUUUGUAGGACAUUUGAACGAGUUGCUUCUAGCUGGUGCUUCUUUGGCUACUUCAUUUGUGAAUGUCACUGGUUUCUGUGUAUUGAUAGGUAUGUCAAGUGCACUGGAUACAUUUUGUGGUCAAUCAUAUGGAGCAGAGGAGUAUCACUUGGUUGGCAUACACAUGCAGAGAGCCAUGGUGGUAAUCAUGGUUGUUACUAUACCCCAGUCCAUUAUUUGCGCAAACUUAAAGCCUAUUCUAGUUGCUCUGCAUCAAGACCAAGAUAUAGCUGCAGAAGCUGGACUAUUUGCCCUAUACUUGAUCCCAAGCCUUUCUGCCAAUGGCCUUCUACGGUGCAUUGUCAAAUUCCUACAAACACAAAACAUUGUCUUUCCUAUGUUGCUAGCUUCUGGAUUUACUACCUUAACACAUGUCCUUGUUUGUUGGGUUUUGGUUCUAAAACUUGGCCUUGGCAUCAAAGGAGCUGUCAUUGCAAUUUGCAUUUCAAAUUGGCUUAACAUGGUACUACUAGCACUGUACAUCAGGUUCUCCUCUUCAUGCAAAAGCACUUGGACUGGUUUCUCAAGGGAAUCCUUGCAUAACAUCCCUCAAUUUCUUAGGCUUGCUUUUCCUUCAGCAAUCAUGGUCUGCCUCGAAGCAUGGACGUUUGAACUAAUGGUGAUUCUGUCAGGUGCUCUUCCCAAUCCAAAAUUGCAAACUUCAGUGCUUUCUAUAUGCUUUAAUACAUUUGGUCGGUUUUGGAUGAUACCCUUCGGAGUUAGUGCUGCUGCAAGUACAAGGAUCUCAAAUGAACUAGGUGCUGGCUGUCCAAAAGCUGCAUAUUUAGCUGUUAAAGUCACCUUAUUCAUGGCCUUCACGGUUGGGGCUUUAGAAUUCACACUCCUUUUACUUACAAGGAACAUUUGGGGCCCUAUUUUUACCAAUGUACCUGAAGUAGUCAAUUAUAUGGCAUCCAUGAUGCCAAUUCUUGCAAGCUCUGCCUUUGUAGAUUCACUUCAAACAGCAUUCCAAGGUAUUGCCAGGGGAUGUGGCUGGCAGAAGCUCAGUGCAUUUAUUAAUCUUGGAUCUUAUUAUCUUGUGGGAGUUCCUUUUGCAAUUGUGUUUGCUUUUGUCCUCCAUAUGAAUGAAAAGGGGCUCCUUUUAGGGAUUAUACUUGCACUUAUUGUGCAAGUGGUGUGUUUUCUUCUAGUCACCUUAGGCACCAAUUGGGAGAAAGAAGCAAAUAAGGCAGCAAUAAGAGUACGAGGCAAUAGUUGUGUCCAAGUUGAUGUACUUGCACUGCCAAGUGACCAAAUGGAAUACAGCAAAGGCAAUUGUGUGGUGAUGGAACCAAAACUCAAGGACUAA